UGCACUGGUAGGGGAGGGGGAGAAGUGGGUUGGACACGCAGUUCAAACAUCCGGGCGGGUGGACGGGGCGUUACGCUCUUCCCGUCGCUCAGCGCUGUUUUCGUCCUUCAGACUUGUAGACGGUGUGCGUGCGUGUGUGUGUGUGCGGUGUACAUGCGUACAAGCUGGUGCGGUGCUGUGUGAAUGUGUUGUGCGUGCGCGUGUGUGUGCGCGGUGGAGCCGUCGCCGUCGUUUGUCGUCGCCUGCCGUGUUUUUCCACUCCAACUCCCAUCUCCGGUCCUGCGUGCAGUCGCCUCGUUGAGGCGUAGUAGAAGCCAGAGCCAGUGAAAAACAAACAAGCAUAAAAAGUAGGGUUGUUAAAAUGGCUCAAACAACAUCUUCUCGGCUUCCCUGUCUGAGCGAUUUUUGUGACUUACUCACUUGAAGUCUCUCGAUACAAUAAAGCCGGAUUAUCUUACGUGCCUGUGUGGCUGUGUUGAAAGUGUGUGAGAGUGACAACUGAGUGAAUUUCAUAUAUUUUAUUGUGUGUGUGUUUUCCUAAUGAAAUCGUCAGUACUAAAAAUGUUUAAUGGUUCUACAACUGUGUGAAAAGUGCUUUUAAAUUAUAGUUUUCCUCCUUCUUUUUCAUUCCCUCCCUUGUGUGCGCGUGUGUGCGUGACAGGUGGUCAAACCUCAGUGCUAGGUGUGCCGUACAGCCUGCCAAGUGUGCGUGUGUGUGCCUGUACCAGUAUGAGUGUGACGAAAUAUGCGGCGGAAAUAUGAGGUGGCGCUGCGUGACGAGCCGUGCUGAAUCCGGUGCGCACCACCGUUGCGUGUAGCGCUUUUCCCUCCCGAUGGGCGGUAAACUGGCCCCGGGCAGUCUCGACUGGUAGUCCCUGCUAAGUUCCGGGGCGUGUGUGUGCGUGUGCUGUGUGCUGUGUGUGCUGUGUAGUGUGAAGAGUAUCCCGCUUUAGACAACCUUCUGCAAGUGCCACCAGAAUGGGCUGCGGACAGAGCAAGAUCCAUCUCUACCCGAGGAAGAACAAAAGUAAAUCGAACGGAAAGAAAAGCGGCCACAUAGAGGAUGCAGAAGCGGACGAGGAGGACGGACAGAACGGUCGGAGCGACGAGCGGGGCGACCGAGGCGAUCGGGGCGACCUCAACGGCGAGAAGGAGAAGCUGGACGAGGAGCAUUCGCUGCGGGACGACGGUUCGCCGGAACCACCCAACGGCGAGAUCGUGUCCAUACUACGGAAAAAUGGCUCGCUGCUUCAGAGUCAGGAAAUAUCCUCCAGCCAACAGAAUUUCUUCCGCAUGCUGGAUCAGAAGAUCGAAGAGGGCCCGGACUAUGAUUCGAGCAGCGAGACGGAGCAAGCGCUGGAAGAGGCCCGCCUGAACGCGCUGGUGCAGCACUGGGAGUCGGCCAGCCUGACCACGUCGAUGUGUUCUUCCACCAGUCGGUCCCUGCAGGGGACGCCGGUCCGACAGGUACCGCUCAGACAGCCUCCGCUGAGGCCACCGUUCCAGCAACCGCUCAGUGCCGAGCUGCUGUCCCAGCAGCAGCUGCUGCUCAAGCAACAGCACCACCAUCUGCAGCAGCAGCACCAGCAGCAGCAGCAUCUCCAGCAGCAGCAGCAGCUGAUACAGCACCAGCAGCAGCAACUGCACAACCUUCAGCAGCAACAGCAGCAGCACGGACUCCACCAACAGGCCCAGGGUUCCCAGUCGCAACAGCCAAUGCACCACCCGAACCUUAGCAUCGGCAUGAACAGUCCGAAGCGGAUAAUCGCCUCCGGGAAUGCGGUAAGCAUGGGUGGUGGUGGUGGUGUUGAUGGGGGCCCGCCCAGUCAGCGGCAGCUGCUGUCGCAAUCGAUCAUCCAUCAGAACUACGGGGUGAUACAGCCGUCCCAGACGACGCCGCAGCUGCGUCCCAGCUCCGGUCGCACACUGCCCUCGCCGGUGCAGUGCCUGCAGAUGUCCUACUACCAGCAACAGCAGCAACAGCAGCAACAAAGCCAACAGCAGCAGCAGCAACAGGCCCAAUCACUCAGCCAACAAUUCCAGCAGCAGCAAUCGUUACCUCCACAUUCGACGACGUCCUACUACAAUGACAUUCUGCGGCAUCCAAUGCAGCUUCCACCUGUAACGCAACUGCAACUGCAGCAACAGCAACAGCUACAAUCCCAAGCCCAACAGCAGCCAGUCCAGCAGCAGUCGCCAAUGCCGGCGGGAAUCUCGAACGUAUCGUCCUCGGUGGCGGCCUCCCUGGCCUCCGCCUCGGUCGCCGUCGCGUCCGCCAGUGGCCCGAGCGGUGGCCCCAGCGGUGCCGUCGGUGGCCCCCUCUCCAUGUCCUCUGCGGAGCCUCGCUUCCCGCCGGCCAUCGCGGUACAACGGCUGGCGCCGCAGGUACAGCGGCAGCUGCGCGAAACCCAGGAACUGAUCAAGGACUCGUGCGUGCAGCUGUACGGCUCGGCGUACGGUACCGGGCCGGGGCCACCGACUGGGGGCGGCGGCGGCAGUGGUGGUGUUGGUGGUGGGGGAGGAGUUGGUGGCCCAGUAGGUUCGGUUCUGGCCCGGGCCACUGCCCGCCGCCCAACGCUCGAGACUCAGUAUUCGCAGGAACUUUCGUGAUAUCUAGACAAGUAGUGAAACACAUCUCUCCCUUUGCAAACGGUGCGUACCACCACAUCCACACGGCAGUUCUUCGUCUUCGGUGCCAGCCAAAAUCCGAACCAAUCGUGCGCACGCACGCGUGUGUUUGUGUGUUCCUCUCCGAUUUGUUAAUCGUUGCUGUUGUGUGCUCUGCUAGUGGUUGUCGUGGCGUAGCCGGGAGAUCACCUCUUCCGAAGCAAGGGUGAUCUUUUCAGAGCCUUGAAAGCUCCCUUCAGACUAGUCCGAUUCGCUCUGUAGCCCUCCAUUUCUUCCAGCAGGACACACACACACACACGCAUACAAACACAGACUCCUGAGAACUAGUCAUUGCCAAGGCUCGCGUGUAACGCGUCACAAACGAGGGCACAACUGCUGACCGUUGCGUCCAUUCGCGGGCAAACUGUACAUAUACAUAUUAACUUAUUAACUCUCGCCCCCCAUAAAACAUUCUCCCGAAACAGGCCACAGGAGCCUUUUUGGGGAUGAACACCGGAAGUACACCCACCCAACACACUCCUCCCCAUUAGAAACAGAAGAACAAACACACACACACAUACAUUGAAAUAAAUAUAUAGAGAGUUCACUAUAGAAAAAAAUGAGUAAAACAGACGACGAACCCUCCCGCCACCGGGACGAACAGCCGGUUUUAGAUGACUCUUUGGCAGGGGCGGAGGGGCUUGGAGCUUACUUCUUCCCACCUUCCCCAGUACCACCACACACACAGACACACACGGACACAUAGUUUGGCAACAAUUAAAUAGCGCUGUAGAAGUGGAUAGGAAAGAAGGAUGAGCAAAAGCGGACAUUAGCGAUGUUCGUUUUUUUGCAAUCUGCGAAACAGAACAGAACAAAGACACACUGGAGAACACAAUAUGGAGUAACAGUAAUCGGGGGGAGUGAACAGUAAACGAGCGGAAGAAAAGCGUGGCAAAAACGCAGUGAAACUAUUCACCCUUAGCUAGUGUUGACGUUUUAGUGGGCGUGCGCGUUUCGUAACACGACGGGAAACUGUGUUUUUUUUUUACCCAAUUAAAAGCGUAAGAAAAGGUGACAAAAAAAAAACACAAUCCUUCAAAUAUUAUAUAGACAAGCCAAAACAAAGGGGUAAGAGGACAGUGGGGGGAAGAAGAAAUAGUAAAAGCGAAGGCAUAUAUAAACAAAAUAGAAGAAAACAGAAGAAACUAAUACUAAUAGAAAGAUAAAAGAGCAACAAAAAACGUGAACGAAAUAAAAACAGAAGGAGAAACACACUAGAGAAGAGAACAAAAUAUGAAAGAACAACAUACAAACACACACACACAGACGGGGUAGCAAAGCAAACAGCGUGGAAGAGAGCUUGGGUGGAUUGGUUUUGUGCCUGGGGGAGGAUUUUUUGUUGUAAAAGAAUUAGAAAACUUUCGUUUUCACACUGUCAGUGCGUUCAAAAUUGCAGAACAAGAAACGGAUCUAGAUAUAGAAGCCAUGAUUCUAAGCAGACUUAAAUAGAGUGUAGAAAGAACAAACAGGAAGAAGAAGAAAAAAAAAAACAAACCAU